AUGUCAAAGAAUCAUCAUCACUUCAAGAAGUACACAGGAGGACUUUCCCAGUCAUCCAUCUCCAUGCUCACUUCUAACCAGAGCUUACCUAAUCCUCCUACUUCGGUAAAAUUCUAUGGUGAAUCCUUCUCUCCAUCAAACUCUUCUCAAUCAACAACACCUUUUACUCCCAAAUCUUCUUCAUCACCUACUACUUCCAAUGCUUCACCUGCCACAUCACUAUCAUCCUCCUACACAACCAAGAGCUCGGUUCAAAUACCUCCCAAUGCCAAACCGAUGCUUUCAACUACAAAACAUAUCACUACAACAAUUACACCUAUUACGCAUCGCCCGGAACCAGGAGGAGCUGAUUUUGCAACAUCAUCUUCGAACAUUCUUACUCAACCAUCAAUUCAACAAAAUGAUGGAGCUCGAAAGAAGCUUCAAUAUAUUGGAUCUCGAAUUUAUAAAAAGACAAAUAGUACAUCAUCUGCACUUACAUCAUCAACUCCUUCAGUAAGUUGCCCAUCCUCUCCAAGCAAGAAUAGAAUGAGAGAGUCAACAACUAGCCAGUUUGGGAAGAGGGCUUUCCAUAGCAUGAGUAGCUUUGCUUCUCCUGGCUCUGUGAAUCUCUCAAGAGCAUUCAAAGAAGAAUCCAAACAAACAAACGUCAUUGUUGAAUAUGAUGAUGAAUUUGAACGAAGGUUAGCAAUUAUUACAGGUCCAGAAUCGUUGGACGAGAAUAACAACAAAUGGGUGAUUAUUGACAUUAACGGAAGAAACAGAGUGGUAAACUCAAGUCAACUAACUUAUCAAUUCUCUUCAGAUAAUACUGAUCAAAAUUUCAAUAUUGAUGACGUUCGACAGUUGCAAGCUCAAAGCAGUGCCAUGAUAGAAAAAUUAACAUCAGAAGAUUGUGAUAACAUGUGGAAAGCAUUCCUCCAACGAAAGAGCGUUAAGAUAACGAUAAAAGAUGCUGCUGAACAUUUAUUCCAAUCAACAGAACCUGCCUCCCUUUACUCUGCCUACCGAUUUCUUUACAAAAACCCACUCUACUUCAAACAUACUUCUAAUCUCAAUUUUGAGUGUCGCUCACUUAGAGAAGUUGAAGAGCUCAAACAAAUGGGAUCCAAAGAGAAGGAAACCAUUUUGAAAGAUAAAAUAUUUUUACUUAAAAUCGCUAACCGUUUAUUAGCCACAAACGAAGAAAGAAGUUUAUUCUACAAGCAAUUGCGAAAUAAUAUAAUGAAGGAAAUCAAAGCUAUGCGUCCUGACCUGGAAAUUACUCGAGACUUUCUUGAAAUCGACGAGGAACAAGAUAAAGAAAGACUUUCACUAUUUAGACAGUAUGCGCUGGGAAUGUACGCCAACUUGGACAACAAGAAGAGAGUUUACGAGACCUUUUUCAAACCUCUUGGAGCGGAUGAUCACCUUCAAGCUUUCCGAGUGGCUAGAGACUUGAAACUUUUCACAACACAGAACAUUCACUUGUUGCGGUCAAUGGAGGAUGAAAUGUGUCACAUGAAGGAAGAGGAUAAUUUCAAAAAAUUAGUACACGAGAAUAUUGAGGCAAUAAUUAAUUCCAUAGAUCCAGAUAGUAAGAUUAGAAGAGAUUUACGUCAUCUACCUGUAUUUACGAUUGAUGAAUAUCCAAAAACCACAGAAAUAGAUGACGGAGUGAGCGUUGAAGUACGAGAUGGAGCCACUUACAUGUAUGUACACAUUGCAGACGUAACUCGAUUCAUCAACCAAGGUUCAUCGAUUGACUACGAGGCCCAAAAACGAGUGUCUAGCAUUUAUCUCCCAGAAAGAAAGUUUAACAUGAUAUCAUCGGAGCUGAGUGAAGAUGUUUUAAGUUUAUCUGACAAGAAGGAAAACUAUUCCCUCACUUUUUCUUCAAAGGUUGGCAGUGAUGGCUCUCUAUCUGAAUGGCAGGCAUUUCCUGCAAUUCUUGGCAAGGUUCAAAAGAUUGAUUAUUCUCUUGCUGAUCAAAUUAUUGACAAAACUGUCGAAGUAGACGCAGAGGUUCAUGACGCAUUUCAAUUAAUGCUUCACGUUGCAAAUCUGAGAUUUGCGUACCGUAUGAGAAAAGGAGCUACUCCACCUUCUCUUUCUCCCAAGCCAAAAAUUGAUGUUUCUAACUCUGAACAAACUCUCGAAAUUGGAACUAGUUGGGAGGAACAGGUUAGCUCAUCCAGAAGAUUAGUGCAGGAGUUUAUGAUUGCAGCCAAUGAAAUUGGAGGUCACUAUGCAUUACAACAUGACAUAGCGGUUCCUUACAGAGGAACAAGAACAGUUACAAUGGAUAUUCCUCCACUUCCAGAUGAUGAAAUUGAUCAAAUGCUUUCUCUAACACCAAAAAUAUCAGAAAAGGAUCUAUGUGAUGUGGUUGUUCGAUCCAACAACUCGUUUUUCCCAACUGCUGGAGUUUGCAUCAAUCAAUCUCCCAAAUUUCAUCAAGGUAUUGGUAGUUCAACUUAUGUCCAAGUUACUUCACCAAUUAGAAGAUACAGUGACCUCUUAGUUCACUAUCAACUGAAGGCCCAAAUGAGAGGAGAAAAACAGCCUUAUUCUUGGGAUGAAAUCCAGGAAAUUCUCUUUGCUAUUGAACCAACUACUAGAGCCAUCACAAGCUUGCAAAAAAAGAGUGAAAGGUUCUGGUUGUUGAAGUAUUUCGAACAAAACUUGACCACCCUUUCUGGAAGAAAUAAUAGAUACAAGGCCUUAGUGUUGGAGUCAAAGAAAAAUGUGGUGACAAGCCUCGACCCAGAUGAGCUUCCUUUUGUGUUGUCACUUUAUUUGAUGGAGUCAGCAUUCAGGGCAAGCGUCAAGUCUUCCAACAACUAUGAAGUUGGUGAUUUUGUUGAUGUUAAGGUUUCCUCCGUUUCGCCUUAUAACGAUGAAAUUUGUUUUGAAGAAGUUACAAAAUAA